GCGGGCAAUUCUGUGCAGUCAAUGUGGUCCUCCUAGCAUAAAUCUCUGUUUAGUUUGUGGUGUUUCUAUCGCUUGGGUAGGUUAGCGGUAUUUUUAUUUUUAAUGGUGUUAUAUUGCAGUGAUAUUAAAAGUAAUAUUUUUACUAUUUAAGUGGAUAAAAGACUGUAACACAAAAUGUCAACUGAUUUCUACAUCCGCUACUACGUAGGUCACAAAGGAAAAUUUGGACAUGAAUUUCUCGAGUUUGAAUUCCGUCCCGAUGGAAAGUUACGCUACGCUAAUAACUCAAACUAUAAAAACGAUACUAUGAUCCGAAAAGAAGCAUAUGUUCAUCCUUGUGUCAUGGAAGAGCUAAAGAGAAUUAUUUUAGACUCUGAAAUCAUGCAUGAAGAUGAUCGUUUGUGGCCUCAACCUGAUCGCGUUGGCAGACAAGAGUUGGAAAUUGUCAUUGGCGAAGAACAUAUUUCAUUUACUACCUCCAAAACUGGAUCGUUGGUAGACGUCAAUCAAUCUCGUGACCCAGAGGGCCUUCGCUGUUUCUAUUACCUGGUUCAAGAUCUCAAGUGUCUUGUAUUUUCCCUUAUCGGACUUCACUUUAAGAUUAAGCCUAUAUAAUAAGAUCUUGUUUAUAAAAUGUGUGAAGAAUAAAUAAUUCCUGAAUGA